CCUUGUCCACGUGUGUUCUAAGAUGGCUGCGUCCUGCAUGUGCUGUACGUGUAAACUGAGAAGCUAGUCAGUAGAAGUUUAUAUCGUGUUUUUGUCAGAAUAUUUUAUUUUUCGGCUCCUGUUGAGUUGACAGCCUCACUCCCUUACACGGCUCAAAAUAAAUUGGAGUAAAAUGGCUCAAAGGAAGAAGAGGUUUACUAAAAAGAGACGACAUCUGAACCGGGAUCCCGAUGUGGAUUCGGACGGUGGGGAGUUCGAGUUGGCGGCCGAGGUCAGCGAGGAAGACGAUUCCAGAAAGGCUGGCAGGACGGUCCCAGGCUUCCCCACAGCAGACUGCAUUUCUGAUGUGGAGCCGGACACCAGGGAGCUCGUUCGGGCCCAGAACAAGAAGAAGAAGAAAUCCGGAGGCUUCCAGUCCAUGGGGCUGGGUUAUCCUGUUUACAAAGGGGUGAUGAAGAAGGGAUAUAAAGUCCCAACACCAAUUCAGAGGAGGACCAUCCCGCUGAUCCUAGAUGGUAAGGAUGUGGUGGCGAUGGCCCGCACGGGAAGUGGGAAGACAGCUGCGUUCCUCAUCCCCAUGUUUGAGCGACUGAAGGCUCCCAGUGCCCAAACAGGUGCCCGUGCUCUCAUCCUGUCACCCACCCGCGAGCUGGCACUGCAGACCAUGAAGUUCACCAAGGAGCUUGGCAAGUUUUGUGGCUUCAAGACUGCACUGAUUCUCGGAGGAGACAGAAUGGAUGACCAGUUUGCUGCCUUGCACGAGAAUCCUGAUAUAAUCAUUGGCAAUGCACCGGGUCGUCUGAUGCACGUGGUCGUUGAGAUGAACCUGAAGCUGCACAGUGUGGAGUAUGCCACAUUGGAGUUGGUGGUGUUUGAUGAAGCUGACAGGCUGUUUGAGAUGGGCUUUGCAGAGCAGCUGCAGGGGGUUAUCCAGCGACUGCCAGAGAACCGUCAGACCGUGCUGUUCUCUGCCACUCUGCCCAAGCUGCUGGUUGAGUUUGCCCGUGCAGGUUUAACAGAACCAGUUUUAGUUCGACUCGAUGUGGACACCAAACUGAAUGACCAGCUGAAGCUUGCGUUUUUCCAUCUGAGGGUGGAUGAUAAGCCGGCUCUGCUGUUGCACUUGCUGAGGAACGUGAUGAAGCCGCAGGAACAGACAGUGGUGUUCGUAGCCACCAGGCACCAUGUGGAGUACCUGAAAGAGUUGUUGGUGUCGGAGGGGAUGGACUGUGCAUACAUCUACAGCGCCCUGGACCAGACGGCCAGGAAGAUCAACAUUGGGAAGUUUGUGCACAGGAAGGUGAUGGUGAUGAUAGUGACAGACGUAGCGGCUCGCGGGAUAGACAUCCCCAUGCUCGACAACGUCAUCAACUACAACUUCCCCUCCAAAGCCAAGCUGUUCCUGCACAGAGUUGGUCGAGUGGCGAGAGCAGGGAGGAGUGGUACAGCAUACAGCCUGGUGGCCCCAGAUGAGAUGGCCUACGUGUUUGACCUGCACCUCUUCCUAGGGCGCCCCCUGCAACUUGCAGGGCCCAGGCACAACCAGCCAGAUGAGGACGGCGUGUGUGGGCGAGUGCCGCAGAGUAUCCUGGACGAUGAGGAGGCUAUGCUGGUGACGGCUCACGAGAACUCGUUGGACCUGCAGAACAUGCGCCGCAUCUCUGACAAUGCCUACAUGCAGUACCUAAAGUCCCGGCCCAACCCCUCGCCCGAGUCAGUCAAGAGAGUCAAGGAGACAGACUUCUCCAGCCUCGCAGUCCACCCCCUCCUCGGUUCUGUGCUAGAAAAUGUGGAGUUGGAGAGACUGAAGGUGGUUGACAGCAUCAAACAAUAUAAAUCCAGAGCAACAAUUUUCGAGAUCAAUGCGACCAAUAAGACCACAGCGGGUGAGGUGAUGCGAGCAAAGAGGAGUCGAGACAUGCGACUGGUCGACAAGUUCCAGAAAUCUCGCAAGGACAAGGCAACGGAGAGCUUGCUGGGCCGGUCUGCUGCCAGCCUGCCGCGGGCAGAGUCAGACGAGGAUAGCAUCCAGAAUGUGUUUUCAGAAGUGCUUGGUGGCAAGAGGAAGACGCCACAGAGUGAAAUGGACGCUCCCAACAAGCGAGCCAAGGAGGCAGGGCGUGAUGAAGAGUUUUACAUCCCGUACCGACCCAAGGACUUCGACUCUGAGAGAGGGCUCAGUAUGCAAGGAGAAGGCAGCACAUUCGAGCAGCAGGCAUCGGGGGCAGUCCUGGACCUCAUGGGGGACGAAGGGGACAAGAUGAACCAGCACAAGCACAUGAUGAAAUGGGACCGCAAGAAGAAGCGCUUUGUGAGGGAGACGGGGAAGGGGGACAAGAAAAAGACCGUGAGGAUUGAGAGCGGUCAGCUUGUCAGCAAAUCCUUCAAGAAAAACUUCUACGAGGAGUGGAAGAAGAAAUACAAGGUGGAGGACGGAGUGUCUGACAACGAAUCAGGAGGAGAGGGAGGUGGCAGCCGGGCCAGGACAGCGGGAGGGGGAGGUAGAGGAGGCAGAGGAGGUACAGUAAUCUGCAUCUGCUGCGAUAGAAAAUACAAUUUAUCUUUUAUUAAAGCCAGUCACAUUUAAAAUUUCCAGUUCUGC